AACAGGAGCGGGCAUCGGGAAGUAUCUGUCAAAGGCUAUCGUUAGUGGGCGGAAUGCGGAGAUGCCGAGCCCGAAACUCGCUAGGACUCUAGGUUUCGCUCGCUCGUUCGCUCGCUCUUUCGCUAUCGCGUCGAAAACGUGAUGUUCGCUUAGAUAUGGUAGCCGGAAUCCUAAGCACGUGAUCCCACAGGGCAGCGGGACCUCGCGUCGCCUCCCAUUUAUCCUCUCCCUCCCCCUCCCUCCCCGCGCCACCCCGCAACACGCGACUCACGACAUCCACCACCCAUCACUCACCACCACCCACUACAAGAUGUCCCAAUACAAGCGUCCGACGGGCGGAACGAUGUUCUCACGCGACCGGCCGGCCUCUGGUAGCGCCGGCGGCGGCAGCGGCCCGACCAGCAGCAGCGCGGCGAGCAGCAGCACCGGCGCGGGCGCCAUCACGAGCGCCGGCGGCAAGGUCUUUGGUAAGGAUAUGGGCCGCGGCUUCAAGCGCGGACCGGUGCUCAAGAGGCGGCGCAAGCUGAUGAAGGAUACUAUUCACGGCAUCACCAAGUCGGACAUUCGCCGUCUGGCAAGGAGGGGCGGCGUCAAGAGGCUUUCAGCGGAGAUCUACGAUGAGGGCAGAAUUGCGCUUAGGGAUUACUUGACCAAGGUCCUUAGAGACUGCGUCAUCUACUGCGAACACUCUAACCGCAAGACUGUGACGGUGUUCGAUGUGAUCCACUCUCUGCAGCGCAUCGGCAAGCCCGUUUACGGAUUCGGUGCUUAGGUAAACUUCCUUUGUCCUUUCUUGUCUAGCGUUCGGGUCACUCCAACUGCGAUUUCUCCUUUCCCCCUACCUUUCUUGAACGGUCCAAACAUCUGGUGUGCGUUUUCCUAGGUCUCUACGUGUGUGUCUUUUGCUUGCUUUCUCCAU